AUAUUAAUAAAAAUUUUUAUAAUAAGAUGUAUUUGAAGAUUUAUAUUUAUUUUUCUCUCUCAUCCUUUAUCAAUAGGAUUAAUGAUUUUCCUUCAAACCUUAUGCAUUUCUUUUAUAACAGGAUUUAUAUACAAAAAUUUUUGAUUUUCAUAUAUUUUAUUCUUGAUUAUAAUUGGAGGUAUACUAGUUUUAUUUAUUUACAUAACAAGAAUUGCAUCAAAUGAAAAAUUUAAAAUUUCAAACUUCUUAUUACUUUUAUUCAUUAUAAUGAUCUUAAUCUUAAUAUUACCAAUUAAUGAAUUCAUAUCUAAUAUCUUAAAUAAAAAUUAUAGAACCUUUAUCCAAUUUAACUUCAGAACAAUAAAUUUUAUAAAUAAAUACCUUACUUACCCAAAUAUUUUAUUAAUAAGAUUAUUAGUAAUCUAUCUACUAAUUACUUUAAUUAUAGUAACUAAAAUCUCUAAUUUUAAACUUGGCCCAUUCCGUCAAAAAUUUUAA